UCCCGGGAAGGCCCACGGGGCGGGGGCUGCGGCGCCGCCUCCUCCCGCCGCCGCUCCCGGCAGCGCUGCAGCGGCGGCCGCGGGCUGGGCGGGCCCGCAGGUGGACUUGCACGCGGGGGCGUCCCGCCCGGAGCGCCGGCCUCUCCCGCCGCAGCCGCGCCGCGCCCCGCAGGGCGAUGGACGCCGCCGCCGGAGGGUAUGCCACCAAAGUUACCACUGGUCAUGAGCUAUGGGAAAUUGGUGAAAACCCUCCAGGCUGUACAGAAAGAAGAUGGUAUGAUCACUGGGGAGGGAGAAAACCAAAAGCCAAGGCACCACUUCCUCCAGCUGAGACCAAAAACCUUGAUGGUUCUCCAGUUGAUGAUUCUGUAGAAUCCUCUGCUUUCAUCAUGGAACAGAAAGAAAGCAUGAUAGACAGAGACAUUGAACUCUCAGUGGUUCUUCCGGGGGACGUUAUCAAAUCUACUACUAUUCAUGGCAGUAAACCUACGAUGGACUUGUUGGUAUUCCUCUGUGCCCAGUAUCACUUAAACCCAUCAAGUUACACAAUUGAUCUUCUGUCAGCUGAAAAGAACCCCAUUAAAUUUAAGCCAAACACACCAAUAGGAAUGUUGGAGGUGGAUAAAGUAAUUUUAAAGCCAAAAACUUUGGAUAAGAAAAAACCCACUCCUGUAAUACCGGAGAAAACUGUCAGAGUAGUGAUCAAUUUUAAGAAAACACAGAAGACAAUAGUGAGAGUCAGCCCUCAGGCAUCGCUCCGAGAACUUGCCCCCAUUAUAUGCAGCAAAUGUGAGUUUGAUCCAUCACAUACACUGUUGUUGAAGGAUUAUCAAUCUCAGGAGCCCCUUGAUAUGACGAAAUCUCUUAAUGACUUGGGACUAAGAGAAUUAUAUGCCGUGGAUGUCAGCAGAGCCACCUCUGUUACUGCCUUCAGUAAAUCAUCUUUGCAAGACCUUGAUCAGAUUUGGAUGAAAUAUUUUUGGCAAGAGUACUUCAAUACCACAAUAGGUGGUACUACUGCAAGUGCCCCUGCAACCCCACUCGUAAGUAAGCAUCGCCCAACCUUUACGAGGUCCAAUACCAUUUCCAAACCGUAUAUUUCAAACACCCUGCCAUCAGAUGCACCCAAGAAGAGGAGAGCUCCACUGCCUCCAAUGCCAGGGUCUCAGAGUGUCCCCCAGGACCUUGCUCACGUCCAGGAGAGGCCAGCUUCCUGUGUGGUGAAAUCCACAAGCAUGGAUGAAGCAGAUAAGAGUCCCUGUGAAACCGGCAUAGUGAGGACCGGCUCCCUGCAGCUCAGGACCUCAUCUGUGGGGAAUUCAUCUUUGAAAAGGACAAAGCGGAAAGCACCUUCCCCACCGUCCAGAAAACCCCUGCAUCAGAGUGAUGACCAUAGCCAUAGCCAUGGGACCGCCCUGCAGUCCGUACAUGCAGUUCCUACAGACAGUGUUUCAGAAGCGAACUCUCCUGAGGUCCCACCCAGCCCAGAAGCCUCCCUUGGCCCUGGGCUCUCCAGUCAUGAGCAGUGCACUGUGUCCAAAUCGCCCGACGAAGCGUCUCUCUCAGAGUGCCCUGGAACGCCCGCGGCAGCUGUAGCAUCUCUGACAUCUGAAAUCAGCUCUGAUUACAGCCUUGAAGAGAUAGAUGAAAAAGAAGAACUAAGUGAAGUGUCUAAAGAUGAGGCUGAAAAUACUGCUCUGAAAUUACAAGAUAUUCCUUUUGCACCUAUUGAUGUAAUAAGUACACUGGAAAAUGAUCCUGAGGCAGCCGUUGGCAGUGAGGCUGUAGAGUCCUUACCAAACUCCAGAGAAGAAAAACAAAAAACUAAAAACACAGAUGGAAAAGAACCACACAUUGCGGUAUAUAAUGUGAGCAAUGGAGAAAGGGUAACUGAUAGUGUAAGAAACUUGAAGUCAUUUGGCCCAAACCAAGAGAGUGAUCAAAAUGAAAUAAUUGUCACUCCAGUGAAUACAGAAGAUAAAAUGAAAAAUGGAGUGAGGAAAACAGAAGUCAAUGUAGGAGGUGUUGCCAGAAAUAAGAAUGUGGACACAGAAGUUGACAGACUCUCAAACUAUCAAGCGCAUAAAACUGAUACUGCUAAAAGUUACAAGGAAAAUCAUCGAGCUGCUUCAUCAGUACAAGAUCAAAAACUGAAUCAGCCCAGUGCAGAAAAGGCAAAAAUGCUAGAUGCAGCAAUUCAGACAACCCCCUUCUGUAACAGUUUUUAUGGGAACCUCCAAGGUCAUAAUUUGUCUGAUGUCAAAGUUGAUGAAAGUGUGCAAACUUCAACUCACAACAAAUCAAAUCAGCACUCAUCUUUAAGUCCCCAGGAUUCUGUGGGCACCUCAAGAGAAUUCAGGAGCCAGGGCCCCCUAACUGUUCACUCAGAAGAUCUCUUUACCAUAAAAGAUACAGUUUGUGUUCAUGGUAAUGAUGACCCUUUGCCUCUUGUAAGUGAGACUGAUAAAAACUCAACUGCCUCUUAUAUGAAGAAUUACCCUCUUUACAGACAAGAUUACAGUCCCAAGCCCAAACCUUCCAAUGAAAUUACAAGAGAGUACAUUCCUAAAAUUGGGAUGACUACUUAUAAAAUAGUGCCUCCGAAAUCCCUAGAAAUAUUGAAAAAUUGGGAAUCAGAAGCCAUAGGGUAUGAAGAUGAUCAGGCGAUACAUACUUUAGGAAAAAAGCGCACUCACGAGAAUGUGAAAGAAACUGCAAUACAAACAGAGCAUCUUGUUAUUUCUGAGAGCCCGAAGGAGCCACAGGCAGACCUUAAAGUGAAGAUCACCCCCAAAAUAGAGCAUCAGGAGCCCAGUGUGGACGGCUCACCUCACACUGCCCCCGGGAAUCCUCUGAAACCUGCUCCCAGAUUGACAAGAGACACUGGCACAGCUCCUUUUGUGCCGAAUCUGGAAGAUAUAAAUAAUAUUUUGGAGUCAAAACUUAAAUCUUGGGUUUCAAAUCCCCAGAACAAACCUAGUUCUUUUUUCUUGCAGAUGCAAAGGAGGGCUUCAGGUCAGUAUGUGACGUCUGCAGCCGCCAAGAGCGUCCACACUGCCUUUGAUCCUCCCCCAAAGGAACCAGUAAAGAAAGAGGCAGAAAAGGAUAUGGUGCCUCCUCCAGAGCAAACUCCUUCUCCCCAAAGUAGAACAGCUCACCCUGCUCCCCAGCCCCACGUUAAAAACGCUGAUGCUGACAGCGGUCAGAAGCCUCCUGAAACCUCUCCUCCUCCUGUAGCUCCGAAACCGGCUGCUCCUGCCAGUCAGUUAGCAGCACUCAAUCUGAAGACUCUGAAAACUUUUGGUGCCCCGAGACCGUACUCGAGCUCGGCUCCUUCGCCAUUUGCCCUGGCCGUCGGCAAGCGGUCACAGUCUUUCAGCAAAGUGCGUGCCCAGCCAUGCAGUGAGGGCGCCGCCGCCCAACCUCCCGUGGACACAGACGGAGGGGAGACUCCUGGAAAUAGACGUGUGGACAUCCCACAGCCAGGUGCAAGGGAUAAGGAAAAUAACUCUGCACAUAAUGACCAGAAUUCCCAAAUACCACCUCCGACUCACUGCCCAUCAUUCAUCCUUAAGAGACAGUGUUCUUUGACAUUCCAAAGCUCUGACCCAGAACAGAUCCGACAGAGUUUGCUGACUACAAUCCGUUCUGGAGAGGCUGCUGCCAAAUUGAAAAGGGUUACUGUUCCAUCAAAUACAAUAUCUGUGAACGGAAGGUCAAGACCCAGCCAUUCCAUGUCCCCUGAUACCCAAGGCCACUAAAUGUCACUCUGCGUUACUGUUACUUCACCACCUCCACUUCACAGAACAGCUUCAUACCGAUGUAGAAUGUGGGCAAAUGUAUAUUCAGAUGUGCACUAAUAUAUUAUCUACUGAAGUGUAAGAAUUUGUGCUUUGGCUUCUAAUGCCAAAAGAAGAAUUACAGAGUUUAUAAUUUAUAAUAAUAUUUUUGGCCCUUUUUGCCUUAAGAGCUGAAUAUGCUGCUUUAGAACUUUAAGACAAGGUGUUAAUGAUUUUCUUUUUUUUUCAAAUGAGAAAUAGUCACAUCUUAUUGAUUUCAUUUAUUAUUGAGAUAUUCUCUAAAUGAUGAGAAAUAAAAGGAUAAAUUAAGAUGCAUAGACCUAAUUAGUGUGACACAUACAUAGCUAGGCAAACACAGAUCUGACAUGUGUUGCCUCAAUGUUACAGUUUAAUUAGAAAUGUUUAUCAGUUAUUUUAAAGCCUGUUUUAUGCUGGAAGUAUGAUCUAGAAAACUAACAUCAGGUGAGUAUAUGCAGUCCAACAGUUAAUUUCAAUGGUGAAUCACUUAGUGUAGAAGUCUUAUCUUGCACAUUCUUUAUGUAAUUACAAAAUCAGUGUCAAAUUUAUGGAAAGCUCAUAGGAUUGUAAUAUUUUGUUAACAUUAAACACUUAAGUUUUUUAAUCUUUAGAACUUAAAUUGAUCACAGAGAAUCUUAACUAUUUUCUGUAUAUAAUUAUGACGUUGUCAUAUAGGUAUUAUACAUUUUAUAUGCCAGAAGCCUUAAAAAUCUUCCUGUGAAAAAGUUGAUGUAUUGUUACAGUCAUUUCAUAUUCAGUAUGUAAAGAGGAAAAGAGGUUAGUUUUAUGUCCAUAUUAGAAAACUUCAAAGACUACUUAGAGGUUCUAGAAAUCCUGGUUUUAAGUGAAGUAAAAUGAGAAAAUAAUGUCAUUAUGUAGUUCAGAUGCUAAUAUUCUAAAAAGUAAUAUAUGUUUGCAUUAAAGCUAAAAGUGUUAAGCAAAACAAUGCCUAUUUUGUUGGCUUAUAACUCUUCUGGGGUCUAGAGUUUGUUGAUGUGCUCUUCCUGCUUUAAGAAUUUAAUUGUUUACUUAAUGCUAAAAGCUUUGUCAAAUAAGCUGAUGUUAAGUUGGUUUUCACCGAAAGCUACUGAGAUAUCUGCCUCUUUGGAAAAAUGUGUUGAUUUUUUUUCUGUUUAAUAAAAACAAGUUACAUAUU